AUGCAGGGUUUCUUUGGCAAGCCCGUGGAUAACCUCUUUGCGGAGCCCUUCAUUGCGCGAUGGAUCCGCAUGAACGUCCCCGGCUGGAAGGAAGCCGUCGUUGUCAGCAAGAAUGCCGGAGGUACCAAGCGGGUCACUUCGUUGGCGGACACACUCAAACUAAACUUUGGCAUCGUCACCACCGAUAGACGGCGUCCGAAGAUGUCCGUGACCAUGACGGACAGCACUGUCUUCUUUGAUUCUAUCGAGGGAGAGGAAACCCCUGCCCCCAAAGACCAAGACCCGUUCGUGGUGCGUGUUCAGAGCGGAAGCGACGAAGCUUCUGAGUCCGAAAAGUCUCAGAACGCCGAUGUCUUACCUGCCUCGGCGAGCUCCCUCAUCCCCGACUUGUCGUCCGGUGCCCGUCGCCCAUCCGAGCUGGAGGCUGCGCGUGAGUACACUGACGUUCGAGUGCGGGAUGUCAUCACUGGGAGACUCGUGCAGGGUCAGCUUGUAGAUGAUGACUACCCCUCGGCUGAGUCCUCGGCUCCUGUGUCCGGCGAAACCACCCCUGGACCGAACCCCAGCCAGGAUAGUAGUGAACCCAUCGCUGACCCGAUGGCCGAAUCUCUCAUCUCGACCACAUCCUCCCAGCCAGCCGAUCAUGCUCUUGGUGGCUCCUUUGAUGCCGCCGAAUCUUCAGACGAAGAAGGUAGCGUGGCCCGGACUGCCGAGCAGGAAAAGACCAUUACCUUAGUUGGAGAUGUUCGCGACAGAACGGUGUUCAUCGUUGAUGACAUGAUUGAUAAGAGCGGAUCCUGGAUUGCUGCCGCUGAGACGGUUGUCAAGAAAGGUGGUGCCAAAAAGGUUUACUGCAUCGCGACUCAUGGCCUUUUCGGAAAUGAGUCCCUCGAGCAGAUGGAGCAAUGCAAGUCGAUCGAUCACAUUGUUGUAACAAACACUUUCCCGGUCGACCCUCAAAUGCUCAAGAAGUCGAAGAAGUUGAUUGUCAUCGACAUCUCAAGUCUUGUUGCGGAGAGUAUCCGACGUCAUCACUAUGGUGAAAGGUGA